AUGGCUUCCAAAGAGCUCACAACCUUUUCCGAUUGUCGCUCCCCUCAUACAUUCGCAGACCUCCGCUCCGAAGCACACGCCCAACAGCGCGUCCGAAAGCACCUCAAACGCUACAACAACUUCCGAUCCCUCUCGCCGGUGGAUCUUCCUACCCAUCCGCAGCAGCAAUCACAUUACCUCCCCUCGUGCGCAUCGCGCACAUGUCCGCUUUACAAAUCCACCUACGGCACCUGUGACCACCGGUUCCAAGCCGUCUUCCCCGCUGAUCUUUCCAGCGCGCCCGUCUCCAAAUUCACGCCUCACGAAGCCUACCUCGAAGCACAGCGCUCGAUUCCCGUGCACAACCGCCACAGCCGUAAGCAGCGCUGUAACCGCAAUAAAUGCACGUGGGCGAAGGCGCUGGGACGGAAGGCAGAUGCGCACCUUACGUUUCUGCAAUACACGCGUGAGAUAGUGAGGGUGUGGGGCCGCCUAGACGUACAGCAAGACGAUGAGUGGGUCGAAGACAUCACGCACAGGGAGUGGGAGGGCGGCAACUGGAGCGAGUUUUGCAUGCAACAGGGCGCAACGUGGGACGACGUCUGUGGCUGGGAGUCCUGGAAAGAGCUCGGCGAGACGUUUUCGAAGUGGGGUCAGAGGCGGAUCAAUGAGAUGAGGCAGGUUAAGGAGGAUAGGCUGAGGGCGAAGUUGGCUUCAACGUCGACGGCGCAAUCCCCAAGUACGGAAGGGAGGGUGGACGACUGUCAAGACUUGGCCUCGACUACGGGAGAACACAAGACGGCGCUUAAGACUACACUCCCAACAACGCCCUCCGACAUCAGAGGCCACGAGCGACUCGCAGGCGUCGUCCGGCCUCGAAGCCGACGUAAGAGCGACAAAAUCCCACACAUCAUACACGACUACGGUUUCUUCGAUGAAUACGAGUGGUACUGGCACCGCAAUCUAAACGGCUGCUUCGAACUCACCUCCUGGGCAUCGCAUUCUACCUUCUACAGCCCGUGCUACUGCGAGGCGUACGCCCUAUGUGGGCGGUGGAGCCCUGAGGACCGGUCCCAGCCCUACAUAUUGGACGAAUUCAUCGUCUCUUCUUGUGAGGAUGAAGCGGAGGAUGAAAGGCAGCGGGAAGAGGUCAACGGGCUGUACGAGGACGUUGCAGAUAUGCACGCUGAGGUCACGGACAUGCAAGACGUCGUGGACAGCGCGCAUGAAGAGACGAUGAGGGUGCGCAAGGAAUUGCAUAUAGAGGGGCUGGGAAGCGAUCAGGAGACGGAAGAUGUGUAUGACAGGAUGGUUGAGGUGUGUGGCGAGAUGCACAGACUUCAACGGGGGCUUAAGGACGUUUUAGAUGGGUACAAGGCGAUGUGUGAUGGCGUCAAGGUUUGUAACGCGGUGGAGAAGGACGGCAAUGAAGAUGGAGAGGUUGGUGAGCAUACUGCCGACGACAUCGAGGAGGAUAAUUGGGAUAUCGUCUCUUUAGAUUCGAUGAUUUCGUCGCUUUCGACAUCUUCGUCAUGGAGUAUGGUAGAGAUAGAGGAACAAACAUAG